AAAAAACUCAGUGGAUCUGCCUUUUAUUUUUAUUUUUGAAUCCUUUUUUUAUAUGCUUUUUUGUUAUUCUAGAAGAGAAAUCCUUUUGGAGAAGGUCGUGUGACAACUUUAGAUCCCAGCGGGUAACUUAGCCUUGUGUUACCUUUCAUUUUGAAUGGCUAUGUCGUGGAUAGAUACGGUUACAAUGGUGUUGAUAUAAUCAGGAACCAGAAACAGAUGAAGUGAAAAAGGGAGAUAUUGUUAAUAAAUGUAUGUGAUCUAGUUGAAGAGGAUGAUACCAUCUUUGACUAUAAUGAUUUCAUUCAUUUCGUUACUGUUACGUAAGAAUAUACAACCUUAACGCUAAUAUAAGCCGAUAACUAGUAUAUCUUUCUACAUAUUACGCAAAUUUAAAGAUACGCCUGAUAUUACCAUGUCAAUGAAUUCACGGGAAAAGAAUUCGUCUUGCUACAUUGAAUGUACCUAUGCAAAAGCCUCCUCUACUUGGUUUAAAACCCAGAGCACUUUGUCUACAAUUUCCUUUUCUUAUGUCAAUUCCAGAAAAGCUCAUUGUAACAUUCGUUGUCAUACUCAUAACCUACUUACAAACCACAACAAGUUUUGUUAUUCUUGGACCAGCAUUAGGAGGAUGGACAAGUCUACAUGUACAAAAGAUUCUUUUGCCGUUAAACAUUUUUAUCAUUUCAAUUUAUUAUAAUUACUACUUGGCGUGUAAGACAGAUCCAGGCCAUGUACCUGAGGGCUGGGAACCACCAUCCGAAGUACUUUCCUCAGAUCCUCCACUCAACUUGGGAUUAACAGGCCCAAGAUACUGUAAAAAGUGUGAAGCCUUUAAACCACCGAGGUGUCAUCACUGUAAGCAAUGUGGAAAGUGCAUUCUUAAAAUGGAUCAUCACUGUCCAUGGAUAGGCAAUUGCGUGGGGUUCGGUAACUAUGGUUAUUUUGUACGCUUUGUCUUUUCAGUCAUGAUUGGUUGUACAUAUGGAUGUUAUCUACUCUUGUGGAGACUUCAACGCAUAUUUGAUGCAAGAAAGAACACAUGGAAUCCAAACACACCAACGACGACAGAAUUGCUACUCGUCUUACUCAACAUAGUCAUUCUCAGCUUUGUUAUUCUUCUAGUCGGUGUGUUAGCCGUGUAUCACAGUUAUUGUUUAUUAAAAGGACAAACAACCAUUGAAGGAUCAGAGAGACAAAAGACUAGACGAUUGAUCAAGAGGCGCAGAAUCGAUUUUGUGGAAUUUCCAUUCGAUGUAGGAUUUUAUAGAAACAUUUGCUACGUUUUAGGCAAUAAUCCGAUACUGUGGCUUUGGCCACUCCCAAGCCCAGGCAAUGGAAUUGACUUUGCCAUUCGGCGAAAUAUAGACCCGCGGGUGGCCUACUACUGGCCACCGAAAAGUCCGGACGAGGCUAAUCAAGUAACUGAGGACUCGACGGAGCGAGGUGAUUACAGAUUAGUACGUAGGGAUUCUGAAGGAUACCUUGUAAAAGAAAUCACUUGGGAAGAUAGAAUGAGAAUGCUUCAGGACGAACAACCAGAUGAACAGCAAAAUGAACAACACGAUGGGCCUAUGGAAAGAUUAGAUUUAGAACUAGCAGAUGAUGAUUAUGAGGAUGAUGUUACUGACUAUGAGGUAGAUUUUGAUGAGGAAGAGGAUGGAAAUGAUAGCUCAUGAUAUCCCCUUUAUUUAUCAAUCACAUCUUCGCAUGAGCAUAAAUAAAUAGUUCUUUUUAAUGAGCCAAUCAAAUUAUCAAUUGAAUAUAGCUUAUUUG